AGUGCAGACAGCCUGGGAGGGGAGCAGGAGUUUGAGCUCAAGUUGGAGACAGCGAAGAGAAGCCUACCGCAGCCAGGGUGUGUCCUUGACCCUCUUCAGGAGGUGAGGACAAGCAGAAGUCUUCAGUGUGUCCUCAGAAGUCUGCCUGACAUUCUCACCAAGCCACUCUGAGAAUGGAGCGAUCCACCCGGGAGCUGUGUCUCAACUUCACCGUUGUCCUGAUUACGGUUAUCCUUAUAUGGCUCCUUGUGAGGUCCUAUCAGUCCUGAGAGGCCAUGCCACACUCCUGGGAUUGACCGAGACACUCCAGAGCUGCCUGCUGUAUGCCCUGAGAUUGCGCUGCUGUCAUUGUUGUGGGAUGCCAUUCUUGGCACCCCAAGGCACCUCUGACCUGCACUCACAAUGUCUGACUUGUCCCAGCACUAGGAUUGAUCUUGUGUUUUUUAAAGAUGCUGCUCUCAAGGGCUGUCAAGUGCUUGCCAGUGAGCAUUAGAUUUAUUCUCCAACUCUUGCUGCAAAUGUGUUAGACAAGCCACAAGGUUAAAAUUAAACUGGAUUCAUGAUGAUGUAGGAUGUAACGAGCCCCUGAUCUGUCUCAUCACAUAUCCCUUUCAACCCACGCUGUCUGCAACCAAACCCUAAUUCAACCUGUCAGAAGAAAUGUUAGAGGAAAUCUUUGUCAGCCCCUAUAGCUAUCAUGUGAAUAAAGUUAAGUCAACCACAAAAA